AUGUCUUCCACCGAAAUCUACUCUCAACCCGCAGCAACUGGCACCGGGACUGAUGUGCGUACCAAAGUCCUCUUCGCUAUUGACAGCCUCAAAGCAAAAUCACCAGCCUCAAUACCCACUGCGACGCUGAUUGCCGACAACAUUAGAGGGCCAGAACAGACACCUGAACUGGUAUCGCGCUUCAGGCAGUUCCUGAACGCAAACGAAAAGGUUUCUUACAACAAAGAGACCGACUCAUACUCUUUUCGACCUGUCCAUGAUAUCUUCAAUGCAGACGACCUGAUCGGUUUCCUACAGUCGCAAACCACGGCGCUGGGCUUGAAUGUUCGUGAUCUCAAGGACGGCUGGAACGACGUUGAGAAGACUAUCGAUCAACUUGAGAAAGAUCAAAAACUCCUUGUGGUGCGAAACAAAAAGGACAACCAUGCGAAGAUGGUCUGGGCUGACGAUCCCACUCUCCAUGCACCUAUGGAUGACGAAUUUGUGAAGCUUUGGGAUGAGAUUUCCAUGCCUUCGGGAGGACAUGAGGCGGUAGUGAAGGAAUUGAAGCAGAAGGGCAUGACCUCUGCUGAUUCUGGUAUGGCACCAGCAGUCAAGGUAGUCAAAAAGGAGAAGCCGAAAAAGAAGAUCAGACGAGGAGGCAAAGUCACCAAUACACAUAUGCAGGGCAUAUUGCGGGACUAUUCUCACCUCAAGAGAUGA